AUGAACUUAAUCUCAACAGUUAUCCUUAUUGCCUCGGCUUUAUCUUUAAUUCUAAUCGUAGUCUCAUUUUGACUGCCUCAACUAAGCCCUGACUACGAAAAGCUAUCUCCCUACGAAUGCGGAUUUGAUCCUCUAGGCAGUGCCCGUCUCCCCUUUUCCCUACGAUUUUUUCUAAUCGCCAUUUUAUUCCUUCUCUUUGAUCUAGAAAUUGCACUUCUACUUCCCCUUCCAUGAGGAGAUCAACUGAGUAACCCAACCUUGACAUUUAUGUGAGCAACCUCUGUACUAGCCUUACUAACACUCGGACUUAUUUACGAAUGACUUCAAGGAGGCCUUGAAUGAGCUGAAU